GCCAGUGAACAUUAAGCGGAGCAGACCAAAAUCCCAAACAAGGAAAUGGUGGGGGAAUAAAACGACCAGAUUAUUUAAUUAAUGCAUGUUAUAAUUAAUAUUUUAUUUUAUUGUAAAUUAAGGCGUAUUUAUGGGUUAAAAUGGAUUACGACUUCAAAACAAAGCUGGCGGCCGAGAGAGAGAGAGUAGAAGAUCUGUUCGAAUAUGAAGGUUGCAAAGUGGGUCGAGGCACCUACGGGCACGUUUAUAAAGCUAAGCGCAAAGACGGGAAAGAUGAGAAGGAGUAUGCACUGAAACAAAUAGAAGGCACUGGAAUAUCAAUGUCUGCCUGCAGGGAAAUUGCUCUGUUACGAGAACUGAAACACCCAAAUGUGAUCGCCCUCCAGAAAGUGUUCCUGUCCCACAGCGACAGAAAGGUCUGGCUCCUCUUUGACUACGCCGAACACGACUUGUGGCACAUCAUCAAGUUCCACCGCGCCUCCAAGGCCAAUAAGAAGCCUAUGCAGCUGCCCCGAGGGAUGGUGAAGUCUCUCUUGUAUCAGAUCCUGGAUGGGAUCCAUUACCUCCAUGCCAACUGGGUGCUCCACAGGGAUCUGAAACCAGCUAACAUCCUGGUGAUGGGGGAAGGCCCCGAACGAGGAAGAGUUAAAAUUGCUGACAUGGGUUUCGCCAGACUCUUCAACUCUCCACUGAAGCCGCUGGCGGACCUUGACCCCGUGGUAGUGACGUUCUGGUACAGGGCCCCGGAGCUGCUGCUGGGGGCCCGGCACUACACCAAAGCUAUUGACAUCUGGGCGAUUGGCUGCAUCUUUGCGGAGCUGCUAACAUCGGAGCCCAUCUUUCACUGUCGCCAGGAAGACAUCAAGACCAGUAACCCCUUCCAUCACGACCAGCUGGACAGGAUAUUUAGUGUCAUGGGUUUCCCUGCAGAUAAAGACUGGGAAGACAUCAGGAAGAUGCCAGAGUACCCCACACUGCAAAAAGACUUCAGGAGGACGACGUAUGCAAACAGCAGCUUAAUCAAAUACAUGGAGAAGCAUAAAGUCAAACCAGACAGCAAGGUGUUCUUGUUGCUCCAAAAGCUCCUCACAAUGGAUCCGACUAAAAGAAUCACAUCGGAGCAGGCGCUGCAGGACCCGUACUUCCUAGAAGACCCAUUACCAACCACUGAUGUGUUUGCUGGCUGUCAGAUCCCCUACCCCAAACGAGAAUUUCUUAAUGAAGAUGAGCCGGAGGAGAAAACAGAAAAGAACCAGACCCAGCAGCACCAGCAGACGACAGGCCAGGCUCAGGCCCAGAACCAGCAGCAGACAGCAGCCCAGCAGGCUCCCUCCCAGCAGAGCUCCGCUCAAACCAACGGCACCGCCGGAGCCACGGGGGCCACCACUGCAGUGCUGCAGCACGGUCAGGACCAGGGGCCACCCAACAAGAAACCUCGGAUCGGACCCUCUGGGGCCUCCUCAGGCACUGGGGUGCUACAGUCAGAUUACCAGCACUCUGGCUCCCGCCUUGGUUACCAAAGCAACGUCCAAGGUUCUACUCAGCCCCAGAGCACCAUGGGAUACUCAUCAUCAACCCAGCAGAGCUCCCAGUACUCCCACCAGACCCACCGUUACUGAGGCUCCUUGUCACUCCCUAACCAGCAGAGGAGUCAAGCUCCUCCUUGUCUUCAGCCAACCCUCAACAACCUCAGCUCCCGCAUCCCGGUUGGACCCUUGUCCCUGCAUUACAUCAUUCCAACUCCAGCCAUCCUUCUUUUCAAACUGCCCUCACCUUUGACCUUUCGCCCGACAGCCUUCAGCGGCACUGUAACAUGAAGGCUGACGAACAUAGGAACCAAACGAAAUCCAAUGAGAAAACAAAUUCUGCCUCAUCGGCGCAUUGAAACACUUUUAAAUCGACUGAAAAAAAAAGGUGUAAGAUAGAUGUGAAGGCGUCUCACACACAGACUCAGAACCAUAGCACUUACAAACACAACGUUCCUCACCAGGAAGAAUCGCAGCUGUGUUCAAGUAUAUUAUAUAGCACCUUUUUCUAUUUGAGUUUUUUUCUCCUGCUCGUUUGCUAGACUUUUCAAGUUUAACUUGAUAGUUGAUGUCAUUAUAAAUAUUGUUACAUACAGAAGCGAUCAGAUGUGAGGCAACUUAAAAGGAAAAGCCCUUUACUGUCAUCUCUAGUGUAUUAUUAUCAUGGAUAAUCAAAUGACAAUAAGCUAAAGUUUGAGCUAAACCCAACCUUUUAAGAAAAAAGUUUCUACAAAGAAAAAAACACUCAGCUUUUAAGCUGAUGUCAUUGCAGGGAAAUAUUAAAAAAAUUAACUUAAAUCUUGAUAUUAUAGGGUUUCUAUAUUUAGAAGUGUUUAUCUAGAUUUGGAUUUGGAAUGUAAGAAAAGCAGUUGUCUUUUUACAGCUCUAGCUUCUGUAUAUUGUGAUCACUCCAUCACUUUUAGAAGUAAGAACCAUUUAACAGCUGAGCUUUGUUUCCUGUGAUGGCAGCGUCUUCGGGAGGUUUUGACGCCUCUUGUUGGUGGCCGGCAGCUCCGAAGUGCGUUGUUGUUCGCUGGUUUUCACUUUGCUGUGACACCCGUGUUAUUUUGGACCCUUGAAACGUUUAACGUUUCUGAAGAUGCGCAUAAUCGUACAGGGCAGCUAACAGUACGCUCCCCCCCUCCGACAUAUGCUUCUUGAGACUGUUACUGCCUGAUGUCAGAUUGUUUUUUUGUAAAGUUUUAUUGUUAUCUCUGUUGUCCUGUGAGCGUGUAUGAGCGUGUGCACGUGUGUGUGUGUACAGUAUGUUUUUUAUGCAUGUUGUUUAUCCUUUUACUUACUAGAACUGCACUGACCGCUGAACCGAUCUGCAAAGAGCUGGAACAAAUGUGAGGCUCGACCUCUUCCACUUCACCCUUGCGGUGCGACACUGAGCAGGCAGGUAGAGACUGGGGUACAUUCAAAGACAAUGGGUGCUUUCUUUAGUACAUGCAUGGAGGUAUGAGCAACUUAUUUACAUUUUUGUAUCCAGUGUAUACAACCCGUUGUAUGUCUGAGUUCAUUUUGAAUUAAUGAAUCAACUUGCAAGAAAAGUGAAAUGAAGGACAUUUAAUAAGUGCUACAAUUGAAGAAGCUGUGAGGGAAACACUCUAGUUUCUCGCUGAGACUUAAAUGAGCAGGUUGAUAUGCCCACUCCCACCCUCUGUGUUCUGAGUCAGAACACAGUGUUGAAUAUAGUAUAUAUGUCAAUUAAAUAAGUUAUGUAGAAUAUAACACUCCCAGGGUUGCCGUACUCCUGUUCCCUGUGCAGGAAUUGCCUUUUUUUAUAUCGUUAUGAACAAGGGACAGCAAAACUGUUGGGUCAAAUAUGAAUGUCAAUCUCAAUGGAGCCUGUGUCUGUACUGAGAUACCCUCCAGUCAUUUGGCACCCCUUCACCCAAGUUCUGACUGGUGUUUUUGACAAUGCCUUUCAUCCUAGUCAACUCAAUGUAUGUUGCUCUGUGCAACCUGAGUCUAUCAUGUGGGUGGUACCAAGCCAAGCUGUGAGACAGGAAUGCCUUUCAGUGCCAGAAAUUCAGCAAAAUUGUUCUUCCGAAAUGUAGAAAGUGAAAAAUGUCACAAUAAAUGUAUUACAUUGUUAGGAGCACAACCUGCCAACUACUAAAAUUACUAUUAUUACCACUAUAUUACUAUUAUAAUGAAUAUAAUUCCCAACAUUGCCUGUAUCUUUAGUGUAGAGCCAUUCCUGGUAGCUAAUUAGCUUAGCCUAGCAUAAAUCCUGGAAACACUAAAGGAGCUAGCAUGGUGCUAUUAGAGGAUAACAGCAUUUCCUAAGCUCAUGGGUUUUUUUUUUCUAAAGCUAAUGAUGUUAUAUGUGGACAUUUUAAUAAGUUUACUAUUUAUUUUUUUAAACUACUUCUCAGAACAACUUAUCUGUAUGACACCUUAGACUUCAGUGUUUAUAGGUCAAACUAGUGAUGUAUAACAUGCUAACUUAUGAGCUAAAAUGUGCUUGUAGCCUGUAAUAAAUAAAUAAAUACAAUAAUACUACUAAUAAAAUAAAAUAAAAAAAUCCAGGCUAGCUGUUUUCCUCUAUUUCCAGUCUUUAUGCUAAUCUAAACUGAUGGGCUGCUAGUAACAUUUUUAAAUUUUGCUGCAGACAUGAGUGUGAUAUCAGUGUUUUUAUCUAACUCUUGGUAAUGAGCAAAACAUAAUGACUGCAUUACCACAAAUCUGUUUUUCUUCCUUAAGCACAAAGUCUUCUUUUUCAAGUAAUACUUCAUUACAUUUCAGAAGAUCAUAUUGAUCAUAUCUUAUCUUUUUUUAAACACAAACCAAUUUGUCUUCAGUAUUUUUGAAAAUCUGAUUUUUUUAUAUGGGAAUUUUCCUGUUCAGAAUUUCUUUCAGGUGUUUACAGAAAAGUUAUUAGGGAUCUGUUCACAUACAAAAUUGUCUUUGAGGCUGUUUUUCACUGUUAGAAGUGGACUAGUUAAAAUUAUUAUGCAGAUUAUUAUCUGCACCACAAUAUAUUGUUAAAAAAGAAAAAUAAAUAAAUAAAAAAUGCUACCUACACAGUAUGUAACACUAUGAACUAGUUCAUACGGUAUGUUUACCUUUGAUACUUACAGUAAACUUUGCUAAAAGCAUUUCUAGUAUUACUUUUAUGGGUUAUAAUACUAACAAUACAACAGUUAGAGCAAGUCCUCUUUUCAUAUCCUCCUGACAGCUUGCUUCAUCAUUAAUGACCACCCUGCAUGCUGUGUUAAAGAAUGCACCCAGUGAUUUGACUAACUGCAUUUGCCCCCUUACAGAGGAAAAGAGACAUUGUGUUUAUUGCAUGUGUGACCUGCAGUUUGAUUAGGAAACACUGACACCUUGUGGCUGGAAAGAGAACUGGACCUCUGUCCUUAUCGAAGCUGUAAUAAUACAAAUAGAUAAUGUGGAUUUUUUUUUUUAUUAAUCAGAACAUGCAAGAUAUGUGUGUAUAAUGAAAAUAAUUGUAUUUCUGUGUCCAAUUAUGGUUCACUGAUGCUUAAAAGUAGCCACCCGCUUUACAUUAGUAACAUCAUUAGAAUUUUACCACUGAAUAGAACUUUUUUAAGGCUUUAUGUUUCAUGCAUUGAUACUAACCGCAGAUAGGUGGGUUGAUGUUAUGGACUUGGGGUCACUUCCAUUGAAAUAGUGUCAGUUCUUCUUAUUUUGUUCUGCUAAAUUAUGCUUAUGCAUCUGGAUGGAUCUUGUCAAAUUUUGACCUAAAAUAUGUUUGAAAUCAUGUUUAAAAAAAAAUAUUGUUGAUUCUUAAACAAGAGAAGGUCCUUUCUAGUGUUGUAGGUUAGUCACAGUUUUAGUCAGAAUUGUCCACAAUGUGAAAAAGUGUGAAAAUUUACAUACUGCUGGAUUUUUCAUUUAAAACAGGACAUACAUAAUCUGAGUGUGUGGUCGUUUCUGUAAAUGGCCACCAUCUACAUUUUUAGUGCAUACAUUGUCUGAUGAGAUGAGAUAUAUAUUAUGGAUAAGGAUACUAUUUAAAAUCAAACCUUUUUCAAAAUUCAAAAACAUAAUGUCAGUUAAUGUCCCACAGGUCUUUGAUAACCCGUAUCAAAGAGCAUAGAGCAAGAGUUUUAUGGAAUGUUGCCCAUUUGGCACAAUAUCUUUGGUUUCUGAAGAAUGUGAGCAUGAGGCUGAAACAGUUUAGUAAUAAUGUGUACUAAAGAUAGUUUCUAGAAACUAGAAUUUUAUCAUUCAGAACUCUUAAAAACUCUUAAACAUGACCUGACAAUUCUUCUGUCUUUUCUUUUUCUUUUUUGGAUGUGCUAAAUAGACCAAAAUCCAUAAAACAGCUGGAUUAACCUAACCCUACCCCUAACCAGAAAGACCCAGGUUAAUUUUUUUUCAAUGAAAAAAUAUAGUAAUUAGAUUCAGAUAACUUUGUUUAUUAUUAUUCUAAACUGCAUUUAUUAAAAUAAUGUAAAUGUGUGGAAAAACUGCAAAUUUAGUUUGUGUUUUUUUCACACAGCCAUUUUUAAAAACAAGCUGCUCAGAGCAUGUGUGUCCUGUUUCUAAAGCCCAUAGAAAAAUCUCCCAGUUACGCCUUUUUUUUUCUUCAUGUUAAGUAAUUCUGAACUGUUCAGUGUUUGCGUGACACAAAGGCAGGAUCCUUUAUGUUUUAAACACGUUUAAAGCUGUAGUAAUUGAUUUUUUUGGUCUCUUGGGUUAGGAGGACAUAAAGCAACAUGUAACACCUUCCUACGACUCUUUCAAGAAACUUGGAAGGUGAUUCGAUGAGUAAAAUGUCUUUCACCUUCCAAACCAUGUCUGCAGAGCGUGUCGUAGCUGAAAAACCAUAACAAGCAGCAGUCUGAGGAGCUUGGAAAGCUAGCAGUCAGUCAGCAUGUAAAUGGUUACACCUUCCUGUUGCCAGGCUAGUAACAAAAAUGUGCACAUAAAAGGCACACUGGCAUUAGUGUUGCUGAGUUGCUUUUGCUGCAUGUUAAAAAAAAUGGACAUAGCCUCAAUCAUGUUGCCAUUCCUUGGUAACUAACAUGGAGAAAAACAUGCAAGCAGCCUUUAAUUUCUUUAUGUACUGGCACUAGCUGGUACUAAACAGCUUAUGAUGAGUUUUUUUUUAAUGAAAAUAAACCAAAACAGUUCAAAGGUCCUCGAGUAUUCCAUAAAACUGUUUAGAAUUCUUUCUGGAUCCAUCACUUUGUGGCCCCUUUAAUGGGACCCAUGGUCAUUGAAGUCAUUGCUUAUCUAAAAAUCUUGAUUAUUGCAGCUUUAAAGAGAAACUUAAAGGAAUGCACCUGUACCUAAAAUGUCCAGAUGAAGUAGCUUUUUGCACUCCGUGUCUUUUGUUCAUCUUUACUUCUACUGUUUUCUGACAGACUGGCAGACAGAUCCACUGGCUGGGGGCACACAGUAGGGAUCUAAACCAGCAGUUAUUCAAAGGUUUUGGCUUCCCUUUACUGUGCGUAUUUGAAGUUGAAGUGAGUAGCAGCGAGGAUAUGUUGAGACACUUUGUUGUACAUUUCUCUCUCCACACAAACGAGGUGUCACAAGUAUUACUAAUGAGCACGAGGCUCCAGCAAGAGACAAACUCCUAUGCAAAGAAAUCCCAGACUAAAGCUUUUACCUGUUUCUAGGUUUUGCAGUUGACAGGUUUUAUUAUAUUUUAUUGAGUGAUGUGUAUUCCUUCCUUGUGAAAUACUGAGUCCAGUAGACCAAGACAGCUCUCAUUUAUGUCCUUUUUCCCCCCACAGCAUUUUAAAAUGUACUCUAAAAGAAUUAUUGUAAAGAAAUGCAUAUAUAUGAAUAGUAUACAAUCAUAUUUAUUUUUUCCAUACAUGUAUUAAUAAUACCCAUGUUUGAACUUUCCUCUGCCUUAACUGUAGUAGCUAUAGAAAGGGACCUCUGUCAGACAGACCCGCCUUCGCUAGAUCAUAGUUCUCCUCCUCUUGGUCGUUUCCUCUUCAUAAAUAAGCUCACGUCGAAUGAACGUGUAGUUACUGAAUGUGUUCACACCACCUCACUGUACAGUAGAAUGAAGGUGACGCACUGGCUUCUGUUCCAUAGUGUUGCUGUCCUUACUUACAGGAAUGAUAACUAACGGUCCACGUUUUAGUUUGAGUGGAUGGUGCCUUUUUUUUCUUUUUUAAAUUUCAUCAGCUAAACUUGUCAUGGGAUUUUAAUUUUGUAUUUUCACACUUCCUCUGUCAGUCUUUUAUUUUUCUUGUUACUAUGUAGCAUAUUGUUAGUAGCUAAGUAUCUAUUUGAUUUGACUGCAAAGAAUCCUGAUGCAGGAUUGGCUCUUGUUUUCUCUGCUCAUAGAUAUCAUCCUCACACAUUACUGAAGCGCAGUUAUGUUUUGAAAUGCUGUACAUAAAAAACAUUUUAAGGACUUCUCAUUGAGAUAUAGUAAUUGUCUUCUAAUGCACUGUCGUUGCUAAAAUAUCUAGUGGUAAAUAAAAAAUAUGGUAUUUAAUGUUUUUUAAUGUCUCGCUUUAGACACUAAACUUCUGGCAGUGCUAUGAAAGUUAGACGGUAGGGGUGUGUGUGUGUGUGUGUGUGUGUGUGUGUGUGUGUGUGUGUGUGUGGAAGGACACUUACUUGUACAACGCUUUUAUAAAAUAUAGUGCACCUCUAGGCCGCCCCGUCCUCUCACAUCGCCUCUUUUUUGAUAGUAUUGCAUGUGCCUGUCUUUUUCCAAUGGAGAACAUAAGCACUUACUGUCGCCCUCGCAACACUUUGUACAGGCGGACAGAUGCUCCAUCUGCAGAGUUGAAAGAAGUGAUGCCAUUUGCCUUUUUUUUUAGAUUGGCGUAAAAAUCACAAAAUGUUUCCACUGACCCUCUGUCCUGUUGUGUGUGUGUGUGUGUGUGUGUGUGGGGGGGGAUUAGAGAGGAAGCAGAAAAGCAACUGUUAUUUAAAAACCUUUUUUGUAAUUACCAUCUGCAGGUUUUGACUAAAGCUUUCAAUAAAAUUCUUUUUUUUUUCAAGAGGCUUUUCUUUGCCCAGGCUGCCAUUGUAAAUAAGAAUGUGUUUAUAAUUACUUGCCUGGUUAAAUAAAGGUGACACUGACUUGCCGCGCCACCUUGUGGUACAAAUUGGUAUUGCAAGGAAGUACAGCACGGUCCUAGUUUAACUUCAUUUGUUAUCUCUUUAACACAUUGCAUAGAUGUUUUCAUGGCAGCUGUUUCUUCACAUCCUGUUGAAAGCUUUAGUUCAUUUUUGAAGGUUCAUAGUGUUUUUGAAAACGGGUAUUUACAAAAAGUACCUUUUUAACCCACCCCCCCCACCCCCCCGAGCCACAUCAGAGUAAUGCUUUGCAGGUUGGGGUGUCUGUCCAUUUUUGACAUUCUAUCUGUAUUACGUGAGUGCGUGUGAGCGUGAGUUUGAAAUAUACAUAUGGCCUAAAUGGUAUUGUCUUUUCAUAGUGUUUAUAGAUAAAGCAGCAAUAGGUUGGCGAAAAUCAGAAAAGUAAAAAUUUAUUUAGCUGCUUUUAGCAAACUUGUCCAAAUUUCACUGUACAAAUGACUGUUAAAUGAGAAGAAGUCAUGUAUAUUUAUUUUAUAUCCUCUAUUAUAAUAAAAGCCUCUUGUCUGAA